AUGACGGACUCAGAUGGAGUUGACACGAUCUCACCUUGGGCUAAAAUUGUUGUUCUCCAUUCCUAUCUACACAUCUCUACCACCGCUCGAAUAAAUCUUUCAUUUACUCUCUUCUAUCAGUACGUGCUUUACAGGCAUGUAAGGAGACCUACUGAUUGUGAUUCGAAAGUGGGAAAAACCAUUCGAUACGGCGAUCAUGAGUGUCCUCUUCUGAACCCUGGAAAGGGUAGAGCUUAUCAGUGGAUCUCACGCCCCUUGUCCAAGUCAGGGUUCGUCGAUGUUGACCCGAAGAAGACAAAGAAGAAUGGGGCUGGAAAGGGCGGAUGGGGUAUUAAUGGGGAAGAAGUGCAAGACGAAGGAUUCAAUUUUACAAAAAUUCGCCGUCGAUCUAAUAGCAGCUCAUAUUCUCCCGGCCUACAGGAUUUCAAGACAAAGUUCGAACAAGAGACAAUGCCGGAGGAAGAAUAUUAUCUUCAAGAUCUAGGUCGAGAAGCUUCCCAGCAUCGUGGAAGACAUUGGGGUACUAUGCAAUUUGUCGCAAAGGACAAAGGGCCCAAGGAAUCAAGAGAUUAA